CCCACGGUGGAUGUGGAUCACUUUUUCCGGGGUUCGAACAGCAGGUCUUGUGUGCCUGUGGGGAAUCAAAGAGGACAGAUGAUAAGUUCGUAGAAAAUCGAUGCAAUAUUGGCAUUAAGAGCAGGCGCAUAGCCUUUUGAGGGAGAGGCACAGUGAGGCAAGGGACCAAGGAUCUGUGAACUACUAACGGCUAACAGUUCACGGCUAAGUUAGCCACGACCGCAGAGAGGUAUGUCUGAAGUUAGUCUUGAGGCUGAAUCGGGGAAGACCUCAGCCAAGGACCCUCAGGUGGAUUAUGUGGAGGAUGACAAAGCAGAGGAGAGUCUGAGUGAGGAUGUCAAACAGGAGAGUGUAGACAACAGUAGUGGGGGAGAUGAGCAGGAUGAAGAGCUGUACGACAUCGAUAUUGACAGUCAGGAAGAAUGUGCAGAAGACAGUGACAGGGAUGCUGAGGAGGAGGAAAAGAGGGAUGAGGGAGUUCAGAUUGAAAGCAAGGUGACAGGCCGAGAGGGCGAUGCUGCACAUGUGUCUGACAGUGUAGAAAGCAGGGAACGCGAGGCAAAGAUUGAAGGUGAGAAAGAUGAAGUGUUGUAUGACAUUGAUAUUGGCAGUCCUGAAGAAUGUGCAGAAGACAGUGAUGCUGAGAAAGAGGAGAAACAUGAAGUUCAGAUCAAGAGCAAGGUGAUGGAUGCUGCACACAUGUCUGACAGUGUAGAAAGUGGGGGUCAGGAGACAAAUCGUCAGGUUGAAAGAGCUGAAACACCAGAGGAGAGUGGAGAGUCCCACACUGGCACAAAGGAGAGCACAAUGGCGGAGGAGCCCCACAGAAGCUCAGCCGCAGAGAUCUCGGUCACCAGCAAUGGAGACCUGGAUCAGAGUCCCGAGACAGUGUUUCAGAGGGACUCUUACCCCAGUCCACCUGGGGCCCUAAACCUCCCGGAGUCUUGUGUCACCUCCACUAACUUCUCUUCAACAACAGAGGGCAUCAUUGAAUCAGGACCGUACAGAGGGUCAGCAAGCCUGCCCACGUCUCCCGUGGCGCCUUUAGCUCCAAGCUCGGCUGUUGGUAGCCGCCUGGCUCGCUCUUCCAGCGAAAGCCAGGCUGAGAAAGACGGAGGAGCGCUGGUCCUGUCAGACGACUUAAAGAGCCCAGCCAUGGAGAAACUGGACCUUGUGAGAAAGUGGAGCAUCAACACGUAUAAAUGCACCAGACAGAUCCUGUCAGAGAAGCUGGGCCGAGGCUCGAGGACCGUGGACAUGGAGCUGGAAGCUCAAAUUGAAGUCCUUCGUGACAACAAGCGAAAGUACCAGCAUGUAAUCAAGCUGGCUCAGACGCUGGCCAGUCAGCUGUCUCAGAUGAUGCAGACGCAGAGGCAGCUGGGUGACGCCUUCGCCGACCUCAGCCUCAAGUCCCCAGAACUCCAUGAGGAGUUUGGUUACAAUGCUGACACCCAAAAACUUUUAUCCAAAAAUGGAGAGACACUCCUGGGGGCCAUCAACUUUUUCAUCUCAAGUGUUAACACGCUCGUGGACAAAACGAUCGAGGACACUAUGCUGAAUAUCAAACAGUAUGAAUUUGCCAGGGUUGAGUAUGAUGCAUACCGUACAGAUUUGGAGGAGUUGAAUCUGGGGCCACGUGAUGCCACCACCAUGCCUAAGAUAGAGCAGUCCCAGCAGCAGUUCCAGAUCCACCGGGAGAAGUACGAGAGGAUGCGAAAUGACGUCUCCAUCAAGCUGAAGUUCCUUGAAGAGAACAAGGUGAAGGUAUUGCACAAUCAGCUCAUCCUGUUCCACAAUGCCAUUGCUGCGUACUACGCUGGAAACCAACAGCAGCUGGAACAGACACUCAAGCAGUUCCACAUCAAGUUGAAAAUGCCAGGUGGGGACAGUCCAUCGUGGCUAGAAGAGCACUAAUCACUCUUUUUGAAGCCAUAGCGGCUCAGUUUGACAGGAAAUGUCCAAUUCUACAAAAAAAAAACUACAGGAACUCCCCCUCCUUCCUCCUCUCUUCAGCUCUACUGUCACUGCCUUUCAAACUUUCAAAACUGUAAAUCUUUUGACUCAAGCAAAACAUGAAAAAACGGGGGGGAAAAUCCCACAAUCUGUUUUACUCUUGAUGUGAAAUCAUCCUUUUUCAUAUUGCAGAUAUCUGAAAACAUAGGAAAUGCACUUUUAUGCUGUUUGACACAUCUGUAAAACAGAAGUUGCUGCAGUAAACACAUUUGGAAACUGUAAAUGGCCUUUUGUACUUCAGCAUAUGAAUGUUGUAUCUCUGUAUGGCAGCCAUGUUGGCUCUGUAAGGGCAGCUACAGGUUCAAAACGGCUGCCAUUUUUACAUGACUUUUAUCAGCCCAGCUCAGACUAGGAUGAAUAUUUUAUAUAUGUUCAAUCAAGAGACUCUGAAAAUGAUGUUUUACAUUUGACUUUACAUCUGCCCUGAUAAACCAGGCACAACAGCAUUCAGACAUCUUGAUCAUAAAAUUGCAAAGCUUAGACACUAGUUUAAGUCAUAAUUGACAUUUUGGAAAAUUGUUCAGCUGAAAAUUGAAAAAGAAGAUCAGCACUACAUUCAUAUCUGUAUGUACUCUGUAUGGCUUCAGCUGGCAGCCCUUUAGCUUAGCUUAGCAUAAAGACCUAUGGUAGAAACAGGAAACUUUAACUCUAGUGUGCAAAAAAGAAAUUCAUCAUUGACUUAUAUGUGCAUGUAAAUGCUAUUUAGCACUGUAGCACAUUUAAAAACAUUAAAGACUUAAAAGCAUUUGAUCUAAAUAUAAUAAAAAAGGAGAAGGUCUUGCCUGGCUUUCACCAAAUGCUUAAAAAUUCCCAUUUGCCUCACUUAAAAUAAAACCAAAGUAUAAAAAGGAGUUGUAGUUUUAUGGGAGUUUUUUGCCUAAGGACAGAGCCAGGCUUGCAGUUUACUGCUGAUUUCAGUAUUUAUGCUAAGCUACACUAACCUGCUGCAAGCUCUAGCAUCAAACUUAAAGCUCCUCUGAUGAGUUCUCUCUUGGUGAUUAAAAAGACUGAAACUACUAUUCAUGCCUCCUUAUGAGCUGUGCAAACAAGACUAUCACUAGCAAAAUGGAUUAUUUCCUUAUUUUUUCUUAUUUAUGCCUGAAAUAACUCCUGCAGGGUACAUGGUACAUUUUAAAUCAAACUGAGAUAUUUGUCAAAAAACACUACUUGUACCAGUGCAGGACAGAACAGCACAUAGACAGCUUCUACUUUGUCAACAGGGGGCACCAAAAUAGGAACAAAGCAUUGAUUGUAUAUUAAGAUGGACAGCAAUUGUCGGCUCCUUUGGUUGUACUCUAUUAAAACCAGAAGAACAGAAACCCAACAGGCACUGGCAUACUGUGCUGGUGAGGCCAAGACAUGCACUAGAAGAGCUGGCUGGUCGAAUUGUGAACCACUUUCCCUAACCAAAGCACAUGUUCAGGCCUUUAGCCAGCCUUAUGGAAGAGGUGUUUCUUUUUUCCGAAAGUUUCUGGUGCAUGCCAAACUUUCCCGUGUGCACCAGAAACUAACUCAAGCUCACAAAUUAUUUCCAGUGAGCAUGAGAAAGUGUCUUGUGCGCACUAGAAAUGUAUCCUUGUGCAAGUGAAUUGAGGUGGAUUGUGGGAUAUGUAGUUACUUCCUCCUUUAAAGGUCACAUAUUAUGCAAAAUACACUUUUUCAGGUUUUUCUAACAAAAAUAUGUGCCCCUGACCUGUCCACAGUCCCCCAAGAAUAAAA